GGGACAAUGGGUGCCCUGUAUUGGCAACUGAACGACAUAUGGCCGGCGCCGACCUGGGCUUCCAUAGAGUUCGGCGGCAAAUGGAAAAUAUUGCACUCAUUUGCCCGACAUUUCUACGAUAACCUACUGGUGUCACCAUAUUUGGACAAUAAUAACAUCAAGGUAUCGUUAGUUCGCGACGACUAUUAUGGGAAACUGGACUUUGAUUUGUCGGUCAAAGUAUACGAUUGGUCACAGAAUCGGCCCAUUUAUGAGCACAAGUCUCGCCACUCGUCCGACAGUUUCUCCGCACAAGUUAUUUAUGAUAUAAGUUUACUCGAGUUGCAUAGAGUGGCCAAAUGUUCGCACAUUGAUUGUCACUGGUAUUGGGUGCUAAGCGUAGAGGUGACAAAC